CCGCCGAUAAAAGGAGAGUUCUGGCCCCUUCCGUAUAUUCUCCUUCGCCGCAUCUCGGUUUGCUGCCCUAGGGCUAGCGGUCAGCUCAUAGGUGGCUUCCCCUCCCUCAACGCUUUGCGCCAUCCGCGAUACCCUUCUGCCUGAUGGCCUCCGCUAAGGUGGAUGAUCGUGGCUUAGGGUCCAAAAGGUCGCGCAGUGAGGGUUUUAGGCGUGAUGGAGAUUGGACCUGCCCUCAAUGUGGAAAUGUGAAUUUCAGUUUUAGAACAGCAUGUAAUCGUGGAAGUUGUGGUGCUGCGCGUCCGUCAGCCAGUCCUGGUCCUAGAACUGGACCGGUACCUUAUCUUGGCAGUUUUGAUCGUCCAUUGCCCAAUUAUUAUGGGGGUAUGGGAGUUCCACCCGCUACGCCAUUUGGUGUGUCAGGUGGAUAUGGCUCUCCCCUUCCUCCUUUUCAUGGGAUGCGCUAUGAUUAUGGGCCACCCUCAGGUGCUCCUGGCCCAUACAGUCUUAUGUCUCCAUAUGGCCCAUCAGGACCACUCAGAGGUUAUGGUUAUGGGCCUGGACCUAUCAUGGAUAGAUAUGGUCAUCCCAUUAUGGACAGAUAUGGUUAUGGUUAUCGAGGUUCCCCAAUGCCUAUGCCUGUCCCAGAUUCAACAUCUGGAGAGCUGUUGGAUAAUAGUGCUUCUCGUAAACGUCGUGGAGGUCCUGAUGGGUUAUUUGAGGGUGAUUGGGUGUGUCCCAAAUGUGAGAAUGUUAACUUUGCUUUCCGAACAACUUGUAACAUGAAGAAAUGUGGAGCUCCUAGACCUGCCUCUUCGAGUAACCGAACCAGCGGGAAGGAUAAAGUUGAUGCUCCUGAAGGCAGCUGGACUUGUGACAACUGCAAUAAUCUCAACUACCCAUUCCGCAACAUGUGCAACAGGAAGGGAUGUGGAAGUGAGAAACCCUCAUUCAGCAAAUAACUAUAGGAACAAAUACCUCCCUCCUUGCACUGUCUAUGCUACAUGAAGUUGGAUCGAUCACCCAUUGCAUUGCAAUGUACUCAAUAUAUGCCUUACAUUUGCUAGUUCCCUGCCGCUUUAAGACAUGCACACCUGGCAAACUGUAGCUGUCAUAGAGCUAAGAACUAUGUUCACCUUGAUUAGUUGUAUUUUUGGCUGACUUUUAAAUUUUAUCUUCAUUAGGCACAAUUUAUGUUCA